AUGCCACUGCCAUUCAAGCAAGUAACUGAUCUUUCAUAUAGUGUGCUAAAAUCAAGUACCCGACAUUGUACAAAGCCAAUUAUUAUUAAUCUUCAUGGGUUUCUUGGUUCCAGAAACACAUUCCAUGAAUUGAAUAGGGCCAUUAAAAAGGAAAUUGAUACGGAUAUUUAUACAGUAGAUCUUAGAAAUCAUGGAAAAUCUCCACAAUGUCAUCCUAUGACAUAUGAGGUAUUGAACAAUGAUUUAAAUCAUUUUAUUGAAAAUGAGAUUGGGCGAAAGACAAUAUUGGAUAGAGGUAUUAAUAUUAUUGGGUUUUCUAUGGGUGCAAAGGUUGGUUUGUUAAAUGCAAUUAAAUCUAACAGAUGUCAUAAUAUAAAAAAGAUUGUAUCAAUUGAUAUGCCGCCAUAUGUUACACCGUUAUUACCAACAAAGUUGACCUUAAACAUGCAACUGAUAAAGGAAAUUCAUGAAGGCAAAAUAAAAAUCGAGCCAGGUUCAAAAACUUGGAAGAAGGAAUGUAUUGGUAUGUUAGGAUGGUAUUUUGGUGCAGGAUUUAUUAAUGUUAAGUCAAAUGAUAAAGAAAAUGGAGAUGAUCAUAUUAGAUAUUAUUUACCCAUUGAAGAAUUUCCUAAUAUUCUUUGCGAUUUAAAGCAAUGGCCAAAUAAUUUGCCGCCUGCUAAAUGUAAUGAGACAGAAGUGCUGUUCUUAAGAGGUUUAUCUUCACCACUUUUUACAGAUGACUACUCUCUAUUAGAUGUCCAUUUUCCCCAUAGAAGAAUUAUUGAAUUUUCAGCAGGGCACAGUUUACUAUUUGAACAGUUUAAUAAGGCCUCCAAGGUAAUUGUUGACUUUCUUAAGGGUAAAUAA